AAAAAAAAAAAAAAAAGAGAAAGUGAAAUAUUAAUAUAUACUUGUAAAAAUAUACAUAAUAAAACAAAUGAAUUACAUAAAUUAAAAAUUAAUGAUAUUAUUAAUAGUCAGGAAAAUCAAAUUAUUCAAGGAAUUAAUAAUAUAACUCAUAAAAUAGAAGAAUUAGAAUAAUUAAAAUGUAAUGUUACAAAAUAUGAAGAAAUAUUAGAUAUAAAAAGAAUAUGAAUAUCUAAAUUCAUUUAGUGCUUCAUAUAAAUCUACAAAGAUAGAUAUUUUUAUUUAAAAAUGACAUAAAAAAAAAAAAAAAAUAAAAUAAGUGGGAAUUUUCAUAAUAAUCUGAGAAAAUUAUAUGAUAUAAAAAAAUAAUAUUUAUACACCAAGAGUAAUGUAAAAAUGAGUAUCAACAUAGAACAGGUUAAUAUUUUAUUUGAUGAUAAUCAUAAAAAUAUAAAUAGUAUUCAAAAUGACAUGAGAACAGAAUAUCUAAUAUAAAUGAAUAUGUUAAAACAAAAUUUCAUAAAGGAAUAGUAUAAAAAUAUUGAAGAAAUUAGUGUAUUAUUAUAUAUCACCUUAAAAGAGAUAAUAAAAGAGUACAAUAUGAAUUAUUAAUAAUUAAUCAUACUAAUAAAAAAAUUAGAAGAAAGGAUAAGUUAUAUAAAUAUUAUAUUGGUACAAUGUUAAAACACGGAUGAUAAUAGAAUUCGAAAUUUUGCUGAAGAUUAUGUUCUUGAAUUCACCAAAUUAUAUAACGAAUCAAAACAAAUUUUAUUAAAACUUAAUGAGAAUUAUUAGAUCAAUUUUAAAGAGAUCAUGUAUUUGGACGCAGAGAGAAUUAAAUGUGAAGAACAAUUAAAAAGAAAAAAAGAAGAAAUAAGGAAGCAAGAAGAAUUGAAAAGAUAGGAAAUUGAUAUAGUUAGAAAAAUUUAAUGAAGAAUUGAUUGAAAAAAUAGAAAGAGCCUUAGAAAAUGAAAUAGAAAAUAUAUUGAAAGAUAAUGAAACAAAAAAGUGAAGUAGAACAAAAAUUAUCAGAAAAAAUUGAACAAAAUGAAAAAUAAAAUUGAUGAAUUAACAAAUGAAAAUGAUGAGAUAGUAAAAGAUAAUAAACAAAUGUUCUAGCAUAAAAAUUAAAUAAUGAGUUAAAAAAAAAAAAAAAAUACACAAAUUAAUGAAACUAAAACUAACCAUAUUACAAGUGAAUCCAUUAACAAUAGUAGUAACACUCGGGAUAUUAUAGAUGAAGAAAAUUAUAGAGAAAUGAAAACAGAAGAAAAAGACAAUCAACAAAAUAAUUCGGUAAAAACUAUAAAAGAUUCAAAAGAUAGUGAUAAUAAUGAUAUUUUACGAAAUAGUAAUACAAAUAACGAGUCGAUACAUAUUUCAACAGAUAAAAGUGUUGAUAUAAAUCUAUCACGACAACAUCCACUUGAUACAAAAGAGGUAGAUAAUAAUUCAGAUGAUAUAAUACAUAAA